AUGAGUCAACAAGAAAAUGAUGCUGAAAAAAAUAUUGAAAUUUGGAAAGUUAAAAAAUUAAUUAAAUCUUUGGAAUUAGCAAGAGGUAAUGGUACUUCAAUGAUUUCAUUAGUUAUACCACCAAAAGGUCAAAUUUCAUUAAUUCAAAAAAUGUUAACAGAAGAAUAUGGUACUGCAUCAAAUAUUAAAUCAAGAGUUAAUAGAUUAUCAGUAUUAUCUGCAAUAACAUCAACUCAACAAAAAUUAAAAUUAUAUAAUUCUGUACCAAGAAAUGGGUUAGUUGUUUAUUGUGGUGAUGUUAUAACUGAUGAAGGUAAAGAAAAAAAAUUAAAUAUUGAUUUUGAACCUUUUAAACCAAUAAAUACUUCAUUAUAUUUAUGUGAUAAUAAAUUUCAUGUUGAAGCUUUAAAUGAAUUAUUAGAAAAUGAUGAUAGAUUUGGAUUUAUUAUUAUGGAUGGUAAUGGAGCAUUAUUUGGAGCAGUAAGUGGUAAUACAAGAGAAGUUUUACAUAAAUUUACAGUUGAUUUACCAAAAAAACAUGGUAGAGGUGGUCAAUCAGCUGUACGUUUUUCAAGAUUAAGAGAAGAAAAAAGACAUAAUUAUGUUCGUAAAGUUGCUGAAGUUGCAGUACAAAAUUUUAUUACUGCUGAUAAAGUAAAUUGUAAAGGUUUAAUAUUAGCUGGUUCAGCAGAUUUUAAAAAUGAAUUAAGUAAAAGUGAUUUAUUUGAUAAUAGAUUACAAGCAAAAGUUAUUAAAAUUGUGGAUAUAUCAUAUGGAGGAGAAAAUGGUUUUAAUCAAGCAAUAGAAUUAUCAGCAGAAACUUUAGCAAAUGUUAAAUUUGUACAAGAAAAAAAAUUAUUAAAUGAAUAUUUUGAAGAAAUUAGUCAAGAUACUGGUAAAUUUUGUUAUGGUAUAGAAGAUACAUUAAAAGCAUUAGAUUUAGGAUCAUGUGAAAAAAUUAUUGUAUAUGAAAAUUUAAAUAUAAUAAGAUAUACUUUAAAAGAUAUUGAAGGUGAAGAAAUUAUAAAACAUGUUAAUCCAGAAUUACCUGAUAAAUCAUGGCAAGAAGAUAAAAAAACUGGUACUGAUAUGGAAAUUAUAAAAGAAGAAUUAUUUUUAGAAUGGUUAGCUGAAAAUUAUAAAAAUUAUGGUGCUGAAUUAGAAUUUGUUACUGAUAAAUCUUCUGAAGGUGCUCAAUUUGUACAAGGUUUUGGUGGUGUUGGUGCUAUAUUAAGAUAUAAAGUUAAUUUCGAUCAAUUAAUAGAUGAAGAUGAUAGUGAUGAAGAUGAAUAUUUUGAUGAUGAAGAAGAUUUUAUUUAA